AUGAUUGCUCAAGCUACUAAAGUAGCGGCCGCUAGGGCCUCCGUCGCAGCUUCAAGCAGAAUCAUUCCUUCUGCUAUUGUGGCGCCAGUCUUCAAAAACUCUCCAGGGAACUCUUUCUCGACUUUCAAAGAGUACAGGGAGAACGCAAAGACCUACGGGCCUUUGAGUGCUUCUUUGGCCGCCAGGAGGCAUCUGGUACAUGGAUCGAAAAGAUAA